AUGCAUUUCUUUAAUAAGAAAGGCCACUUUAAUUGUGUGAAAACAUAUAAGAAUAAUAUAAAAACAAUUAUAAAUAAUAAAAAGAAAGGAGAUGAUUAUUUAUUUUUGAAUAAGAUAAAAUAUAAAGAAAAAAAGAAAAUAUGUUUUAAAAAUAUAUUUUUACCAGUAUGUGUACUAAAUUUUAGUAUAUUCUCUUUUACUUUAUAUAAUUAUUUUAAAAAAAAUGAAGAAAAUUAUUUUUAUACAAAUGAAAUUACAGCUAUAGAUCAUUUUGUUUUAUAUGACUUCAUAAGUAUUUUGGGUGUAAAUAAUAUAUCUAUAUAUUUAAAAAAUAAAUUUUAUGAAAAAUUAUUUCUGAAUAUUCAAAAUGAAGAAUAUAUUCCAAAGCAAAAUUCUUUAUUGGGUUUAAUUGAAACCAUUUAUAAAAAUAAAAAUAAAUAUAAUAAAAAAAAUAAAAUAAAACUUUCUAGUGAUAUCAAUCCUAAGAAUGAUAAUAUAAAAGAAGAACACAAUAAACAAAAUGAUUAUUAUAUUAAUGAGACAUAUGAUGAUAUAAAUAACAAUACAAAUAAUAAAAACAUAUCUAUGAAUAUAAAUAUGAAUAAUAAAAAUAUUAUAAAUAAUCCUUAUUAUGAUCCUUUUAUAUAUUUUCUUUUUGAAAAUAUAAAAAAUAAUAAUAUAAAUCAUACUAAAAAGAAAAUCUUAUCAUCCAUCUUAUUUUAUUAUAUUACCUAUUCACAAGAUUAUUUAUAUUUAUCAUAUGAUCAAAUAUUACAGCUUGUAUACAACCCUAAUUUAUUUUAUAACUUACAUAAUAGAGAGGAAAUUAUAUCUUACCUUCUUUUAAAAAUUUUAAAAAAUGAAACAUGUAUUGAGCAAAUAUAUCUAAACGAAAAAAAUAUCAUACAUAAAUAUAUUCAAAUGAAAAAGAAAAAAAAGAAUCACACAGAAGCAGAGAAGAAUGAUUCUAUAGAUAUAGAGAAGGAUGAGAAGCAUAUGGACACAAUAAAAGAUUCUAUUAUUUCUUUUCUUCUUAAUAACAAUGUAGAUGAGAAUGAAAAAAAUAUUACCUCAUCAAAUAAUAAUAAUAAUAAUAAUAAUAAUAAUAAUAUUGAUAGUAAUUUGUUUGAGUUACCUAUUUAUAAAUGGCGUAUUUAUAAACUUUAUAAAUCUUUCAAAAAAAAUGAAGAAAAUUAUUAUAAACAACAAGGAUUAGAAGUACUACAAAAAUAUCUUUACAAAAUAAAUUCAUCAUAUAUUAUAGAAAAUAAUAAUAAAAAAAUUGUAAAAGAGAAAUAUAAUAAUAUUAUGAAUAAAAUCUAUUGGAAAUUUUUUGAGAAUACUAUAUUUUAUACUUUUAUUUUUUCAUUUGUUUUACAUAAUAUUAAUUCAAAAGAAUAUAAUAUAAAAACAUAUCUUUAUAUGUUUAAAGAUAUAUAUAAAAGUAUAUAUACUAAUGUACUUAUAAAUUCCUCUUUCUUAAUACAAAAAUCGAUUCUUAACAAUAUAAAUGAAAAUAAAAAAACAAAUAAAUUUAUUUUAACUUCCUUGUCAUUUAAUAUAUUUAAUUCAUUCAUAUUGUCAUUAUCAAUAUAUAGGUGUAAAUAUGCUGUGGUUCCUCUUUUAUUUUCACAGGUUGUGAAGGAUAAUUAUUUUCUAUGA